GAAGCUUCAGAUUCUAGGCCAUCAUGGCCACGGGUAAAGCGGAGAUCCGCAGGCAGCGGGAGAACUGUGUGAUCUUCGCAGGCAUCACGUAUGGCAUCAUCUUCACUCUAGUGGCAGUAGUUCUAGGAUUUGGUGUGUAUCUUCACACUCUUGUUCAUCAGGAAAAUUCGUGCUCAAUGACUUAUAUGUACAGAAAGUUGGAAUUCUUGGAAAUUCCGUUGUUAACCCCUCAAUCGGACAAGUACAGCUUCUCUGUGUACAAUGAAGGGCAUCGUUGGUGGAAUCGAAGUACAAUCGAAGCAGGACAAAUUCCAGUUCUUUUCAUUCCCGGAAGUCAGGGUUCGGGAAAACAGAUUCGAUCACUUGCAUCGGUUAUGCAGAAUAAAACAGAAAUGCGCUAUGCUCCAUUUUCAUUUCGAUUUUUCGCCGUAGAUUUCGAUGAAGAGAUGACGUUCAUGAAUGGACAUAUUGUGAAACGGCAAAUUGAAUAUGUGAUGAAAGCUAUUCGAAAGAUUCAAUCCAUGAUGCGAGGGAAUAGGAAAAUAGUUCUUGUCGGUCACUCUUACGGAGGAAUGAUUGCUCUUUUAACUACUAUUUAUCCGGAAUACCAAAAAGAUGUCGAACUGAUUAUUGUGAAAGGAGCUCCACUUAACAAGCAACCAUUAGUGAACGAUUGGUUUUCACUGCGUUUUAAUUUGUUGUUGGUAAACCAAUGGAACGCAUUGCAAAAUAAUAACCUAUCACAUGUCGGAGUUGUAGCAUAUUCUGGUGGAAUUCGAGACUAUAUGAUUCCAGAUGAAUGGUCUAUUUUGCGAAAUGUUACAAAUCGACCUCUCUGGGCCAUCGACGGAGUUUCGGACCUCGGCGCUGAUCAUCUCGCAAUUCUUUGGUGCAACGAGUUUGUUCGUCAUGUUUCACGCGUUCUCUGGUCGUAUGCAGAAAAUCUCGACACGUUGACCGGACGUCAAGUUGUUCAAAAAUUCUAUAAGGAAGACGUCGAUCGAAAUAUAAAACGUGCCAAACUAGUCCGACAUGUUAAUGAUGUGCCAUCGAAGGAAAUUAAAAUCGGGGAAAAAUACAGAGGAUUCAGAGUUAACGAAACCCAAUUUGCACUUCUAAUCAAACCAAAGCGCUUCGAAGUUUUGUCGGUGAGAGUAAAUGCGUCGUGUGUGAACUCUAUGACCACAGUUCGUUAUGAUGAAUCUAUGAUGUAUUUCAAAAACUCGUCGGAUGGUGCAGUGGAAACGUGGAUUUAUCGAGCAUUGGAAAAAGAAGAAGUUCGUUUAGUUCUCGAUGUGACAGCUCCCUGUAGUAUUGAUAUUCAAAUGAGCCCUCCAAUGACAGUGCAGUUAUGGCGUUUUUAUGAGAUCGUGUUCUCUCAUUUACAUGAAGUAGGCGGAACCAUGAUUGUGAUUAGCGUAUUCUUCGCUAUUUUGGUUCGUGAGACACUGUUCUACAGUACGACGGCUGUUUUGUUGACCAACCUUGUUGCCUUAUUUUUUGUGAUUCACGGAAGUACAGACUACACGGACACCACUACACUCCCCAUGGCUUUGGGAUAUUUCAUGGCACUGGGUUGGAGAGCGAUAUGCUUUGUCGUUGACUGGCUUAUUGUGUCAAGAAUUGGAUUUGUCAAAACAGGACAUUUGGCGCUCCGCGAUGACAAGUUAAUGAAUGGCCUGUACCUGGUUGGAUCAGCAAUCACAAUCAUGGCAAGAAAUGAGGGAUCAAUUGUUUUGAUUAUUCUCCUCGCAUAUCGUCAUCAUCCACGGGCAGUUCUUCUGAUUCUCCCGACAUUGAUCCCAUAUAUUCUCAAACUGGUCGGCUUCCCGUGGUUCUCGACGGAUUCUCUUAUCGUGUACCAACUGCAAUAUCAACCUGCAUUUUACGCCGGCGGACUCUAUCUCUUCGGUCUUGUUUCAAAUCUCGGAAAUCGACAGAUUACUUUGCGAUUACUCGUUUACGGACUUGUGCCAGCAUUCCUCUAUUUAAUCACAUCGCCUCUCGAACUAUUUUCCGGAUUCACCCUCAUCAUAUUCAGCACAGCUCGCUUCGUUACAUUCCCAUCACGUAAAUCUGUCACUCCUCCUGUUCCCGAGCAAGAAAGAGUUCAAGUGGAACAACCACGUCCAAUUCAAAACAACAGACAACGCUAUAACCUACGAAAUAGGAGAAGAUAAUUUUGUGCCUAUACUUUACACCAGUGCUUUUUAUACAUUUCUACGCCGGUUUUGAGGUUAAUUACAUGUAUAGAUAAGAUUCUUCCAAACGUGUGGCCAAUUGUUUGUCUAAGUUUCCCUUUCCCACCAUUCUAUUUUCUCAUAUUCAAUUUUUUUAUUUCUCUAGUCUUCACUUUUACUACAUACUCGUGAAUCUUCAAAUUUCUUAUCCCAGUGUUAAGAAGUUUUAUUCGUAUUUUUUGGUUUGAUCUAUUGUUACAUGGUCUGUUUUCAUAUCAAUCUUCGAUUUAAGUUUUAUGUAUAUAUUACCUACAUAUUAUUUAUUAGAUCUCUGUGAUAAUGAAUAUGCUAUU